AUUACUCUAUUUGGCUGUUUUGGAGCUGCCGUCGAGUCUCAAGUUUUGGUAUUUUAUUUUCUUCUUCUGUUAAGUCAAAUUUCUCACACGUGCACAGGUAAGCGCAGAGCCCUGUGUGAGAGUAGAGUUGGGUUCAGAUGGUUGGGCGUUUAGAAUUAGUAUGGGGGAAUCGAGUUCCAAGUCAGUAACUAGCGUAAGUUCAAACCAGAGGGUUUCUGUUAGCAAGAGUUCCAAACCGGAGGUAGCCCUGUCAAACACAGAAAGAAUUUUAUUGACAAAAGAUCAGGAAAAUUCUUUCCAGACUUCAACAUUUUCCAGGUUACCCAGCCUGGUUCUGCAAAAUUCCUUGCCAAAUAUUGAAGUGAAAUCUAAUUCAAACAUAUGUGGCAAGGAUCAAAAAGUGAAAUUGACAUUACAAGAUUACAGAAAACAAGUUGGCCUUAAAGUGAUCAAUCAGAAACCAAAUCAGAAACUAGGGAUAACAGCUAAAUCAGAAUCACAUUUAGAGGGGAAAAAUGAACAAUUGUUACCUCUAGAUAGUGCUUUCUGUCCCCAUUGUGGAUUCUCUACAUCAUCUACUACUAAAUGCACAAGAUGCAUGAGAUCCUUUGAAAAGGAAAAAACAACCCUUCUCUCCCUAGGCCUUGAAUCAUUGCCUGGGAACGAUUUAUCAGAAACCUUGCAGAUGUCCAAAGAUCCAUCAUAUGGGAAUAGGCGUCCACGUGUUCAAAAGUCUCAACCUACUCGGCAGACUAGAACCAAGUUUGAUGAACCACAAUGUGUGACACUGAGUAGUGAUGAAGAUGAUUCCUUUCAGGAAACCAAAAAAGCUAAAUGUGAUUAUAGUGAAAAAUUCCUUCAGCAGUCAACUGCCAGUGCUGCCAUUGAGGUUCAAGUACAGGCAAACAUUUUAAACGAUGGAGAUUCAGAGACCAAAGUAUUACCUGGUGAUACAGAAGAGGAAAAGGGAUCAAUCGAUUUGCUUCGGUGGAAAGAAGGUGGUUUAAGGGGACCGUUCUUUGCUGUAAACUGUCGUUCAGUUCGAAUUGGAUCUUAUAAAUUUAUACCUACGGAACGCGUCCUGUUCUCCUCGGAGGGAAUCAUGUUGGAAGCACCGGUUUUUUACGCCCAUGACCAGCCCUCGCAAAACGAUUGUUUAUGGAUAGACGUCGCUAUCCCAACUCAGCAGUUGUUGCAAAUGGAAGCGCAUUUCAAUCGACAACUUCCGGUCAUCUUCCUAACUGUUACGCCAACCUUGUGCCGUCGGGUUUCGUCUGGCUUACGCCUGAAUAAAAGUGGCCCCUAUUGGGACAGUCUUAGUGAAGACGAAAGUCAGAAGCGGCUUACGUUGCUGCCUUGCAGUUUGGACGAUUCAGCUAAAAACGCAAUAAAGCAAGCUUUCGUUCCUAGAGGUGUUUUUCGUGAAAUAAGUUCUAGCGAGGCCAAUAAACUCUUGCUUAUCUCUUCACCCCCGGAGGUUCGAGAUGCAUUGCAACGUCUUCCCUCGGGAACUGCUGUUUCAGCCGAGACAACUAGAGCUUCUUCGUCUUCAAAGCAAGACGUUAAAGCACUUGAAGCAAGUGAUAGCAAAAACGAAAUGCGUAUAACUAGAGGGGCAACCAAAUCGCUUCCUCGAAACCCUUUACCAGUAGUCCAAAUGUUUUCAUGGUCAGAUGGACCAGAUCGUUUCUCUGUCACAACCGAAGACUAUGCUUGCCUGAAUCAAGACAAUCUUCUAAAUGACAGCAUCAUCGACUUCUAUGUCAAAUACGUUUUCAGCACUAAAUUAGAUGAUAGUUUGAAACACAGAUGCCAUGUGUUUUCAUCAUUUUUCUACCAGCGACUUACUACUCACCCAGCCAAAAUGAGUGGAAGAAAACAUCCAAUUGAAGACGAUUCGUCCCUCUCUUUAAAGGAGAAGCGGCAUUUGAGAGUUAAAUCCUGGACGAAAAAAGUGGACAUUUUCGAAAAGGAUUAUCUCGUGAUACCUAUCAACGAACGCAAUCAUUGGUUUUUGGCCAUUGUAUGUUUUCCCGGGUUGUCUGGACCAAUAUCCGUUAAAGACAACAAACCCAUCAUCCCCCAAUUUGAAACAGUCGCUAAGAAAACGCCCGAUGGACAAUCAAAACUUGUGACGUUGAAUGGAGAAUCAUUUCACAUUGGAAAUACAACCAUUACGCCAAUUAGUUCAAAUUCGAAGGUGACGGAAAGCGUCCCAGUUACGCUUAGCAUUAGCUCAGAGAGAGACGAAGCUGAAAGCGACGAUGAAGACAUAUUGUUCCCGCAAGACAAUAACACUGUUGAAAAAUCUAUGAAGAUUACCGAACCCAUCAAACAGCCCUGCAUCUUAUUUUUUGACUCUUUAGCUGGAAGCGCCCAUAAUCGAGUGGCGACCACCUUACGCGAGUACCUUAUGGUAGAAUAUCAAGUUAAGAGAGGAACUCCUGUUGAGAAUUCAAAAGCAAGUAUGGCCGACAACCUAGUUGACCCAUGUAACCUUUUCUCAAAAAAGACGAUGAUAUCCGCAUGCCUUGACGUGCCUCAACAGAAUAAUUCGUAUGACUGCGGCGUAUUUGUUCUUCAGUACGCAGAAUACUUUAUGAAAAAUCCAUUUUUGGAUUAUAACAUACGGAACAUUAAAUUAAGUGGCUGGUUUCCGUCUUAUAUCGCCGGAAGAAAAAGAAAAAACAUCCAGUUUUUGCUGAUACGACUCACCAAAGAAAUGAAUCCCAUGGCUGAUUCGGUUCUUGACUUACUACCCAAAGAAGAUGUGAAGAUUGCGCUUCAGGAUCGUCAACACUGUCGAGCUUUACCUGCCUUGAGUGUUACGAAUAACCGCGCUGGUGAAAUUCAAAAGGCAGCUACCGUAGCCGAAAAGGCAAUGGCAGAAGACGGAAAGUCGAAUGUGGCACCUCAAAAUAAGAACGCCGCUGAAAAUGGAGCCGAGUCUGAAUUUGUUGGUGACCAAGAAAGAAAUAGUGAAAUCGAAAAAUAAAACUUGUACGUCAUUAUGUUGGCCCAUUUUACGUUAAUAUAAUUGUUGGAAGGUUUAA